AUUAUUCCCAAGCCCGCCUAGUCGGCACAUCGCCCAGAGUACGCCAAUGAGGACAAGCUUGACAGGGCACCUUGGAUAUGUUACAAUCCUAUCAGUCUUGUCUGUGGCAGUGAUGAUUGGCCGGGUUGAAAGUAGUCGACGACUCUUCGCUGCGCCCAGCUGGCGCACCGAAUCACUGGGCGUGGCUAUGGAGCACAACAUUAACUAGCGUAAUGGCUACCGCUGAUAUUAAAAUGGACCACCUACGGCUGCAACAUCCCGAACAGCGUCGCGCCGAACGGGGGCCAACAGCUUCUAGCUUGGAUUCUCGCGGUGGCGCGCAGGAAGUGAUAAGGCACGACGCGUCCACGCAAGCACACCGAAGGGAUGUGUCAGCCCCAGCAGCGGCGCGGGUGCUGCCGGCCGCUCAGCAGCCACGGCCGCAGCCUCACUCGCAGCUACCGCAGCGGCAGGAAGAGGCCGCGCGUGCCAGUGCUAGCCCGCCUCCGGAAUCCACUGUUCAGUACGGCCGAGUAAGAUGGCUGCGACUGCCGUACGGCAGGGAUGUGGCCUAUAAUAAGCCGCUGCUGGAGGCCGUGUUCCCUGCCGCCCGCGCGGCGGCGCUGCUGGCCCCCACCCGGCAGCUGGCCAUGCGUGUGACUGUGUACGUGGAGGUGGCGGCGGCUGCUGGCGGGGCUGAAGAUGGUGUCAGGGGUGGUGGCGGUGGUGGUGGCGGCGGUGCGGGGGAUGUGGGGGUGGCCGGCGACAGCAGCAGCGCCACGCCUGUCGGCGGCGCGACAGGCCGCGAUGCAGGUGGCAGCGGCAGCGGCAACGGCAGUGGUGGUGGCGGUGCGGCGGUGGCAGCUGCUGUGCCAGCAGCGGCAGCGGCAGCGCCAGGAGGGGUGCAGCUGCGGCCCUACCACGUGGGCCUGCAUAUGGACUGCCGGCAGGGCCGCGGCGUCAAGCCCAGGCCGCGCCUGUACCGGCUGGAGCCACUCAGCCGCGAGAUGGGCUGGCAGGCCGGCGCACAGCUGUCGCUGAGUCUGGAGCCGCUGCCGCGACCGCAGCCCAGCAGACCGGCUGCUGCAGCUGUGGCCGCAGCUGCCGCUGCUGACCGCGACAGUGCCAACGAGCCCCCUUUCCCACAGCAAGGUCAGGGGCUGAGCCCGCACCAGGCUCAGCAACACCAGAACGAACAACAGCGCCGGCAGCGCCACCAGCAGCGCCAGAAGCCUCAGCUGGUGCCGGUGCUGCGCCUGCUCAGCAACGGCGACGGCCAGCGGCUGCCGUCCGCGCUCAAGUGCCUGGCCACAAAGCGCCGGCGCCAGGCGGAGUGCCUGGCGAGGCAGCUGGGGCUGCCAAGCACACACGUGGCGAUGCAGCUGCCGCAUGCGGCGCUGGCGGCGGAUGGGCGUGAGGACGUGCCGGUCACGGCGUACACGGCCGCCGCGGCGCAGUGGCUGCGCGGCGCGCACCUGUUGCCGGUGCAGUGGCUGGAGGAGGAGGAGGAGGAGGAGCAGGCGGAGGGGAGAGGAGCCGAGGAGGAGGACGAGGAGGAGAAGGGCCGGGAGGUUGGGGCAGGGGGUGCAACGCGGAGGCGCGGGCGGCUCACGGCGGCUCGCAUCGUCAGCACGAAGCCUCUCUGCCAUGAGGCCGCGAGCGGCGGCAGGGCAGGAGGUGGAGGCGGCACUGGGCCUGGCGUGCCGGCAGAGGGGGAGGUGUACGUGGUCCAGUCGCUGCUGCCGCUGCUGCGCCAUGCAGGCGCGGCACCCGGAGACGUCGUGGUGCUGUCUCCCCUGUUGGCCCCGCAGGUGGAGGCUGUAGCAGCAGCAGCAAUUGCAGGGGGCGAUGAAGUGAUGGGCGCCGGCGGUGGCAGUAGCCGCAUCAGCGGCCUUGGCCGCAGCGGUGGGGCGGCAGCGGCAGGCGGAGGGGACACCGGCGGCGGUGGCGGCGGUGCUGCGGGAGCUUGUCGUGUCAUCGCGGUGUGUGUGAUGCUGAAGCGGCAACGGCAGCCGCAGCAGCAGGUGGAGGGGGAGGAGGAGGAGGUGGUGGCCGAGGAGGGCGGGCGGCAGGCGGCUGCGACUGCCGCCACCAGCAUACGGCGGAGGUACCUGUUCCCACCGGUGCGGGCGCACCUGAGGGGCCGCCCGCGGCAACGGCCGCAGGCCAGCGGGGUGGGUGCGCUGGCGGCUCGGGCUGUUCCUGCUAGUGCGCGGGAUGCUACUGCUACUACGCGGGCUGCUACUGCUACUGCAGCUCCACGGGCGGCGGCGCCAAUCGCCGCCGCCGGCGAUGGAGGUGUCAGGGUCGCACCUUCUGAGGCCGACGAGGCAGCAGUGGCGGCGGUCCGGUGCCAGCAGCGGCAGCGGCAACAGCCGCACGCCGCCACAGAAACAGCACGGCCGCCGCAACCGCAGCAGCUGCAACCACAGCAGCAGCAGCUGCACCCGCAGCAGCAGCACCCGCAGCAGCAGCACCCGCAGCAGCCGCAGCACCGGCUGCUGCUGGGCGUGAAGCGCAGCGCGGCGGAGGCUAACCUGGGUCCAGGCGCAAGGCCAAGACCAGGCCCAAGCCAGCAGACUCCGCCGCCGUCGCUCAGGCAGCCCUGCGUACCACCCAGGCCCCCAGCAGCAGCAGAAGCAGCCAGCGGCAGCGGCGGCAGGGGAAGCCACCUGCAGCCCCACCAAGCAGCCGCCGCGGCGGCGCCAGUGUCAUGCGACACUGCAGCGCCGUCGCUGGCCAGACCGGUGGUCGCGGUGUCUGCGGCGGCACCAUAUCCCACUGCUGACGCCGCACCGCCAGGGUCGCCGGCCACAAGCCGCCGCCAGCCGCAGCCGCAGCCGCGGCCCAGUGCUUUCCAGUCCAGCUCAGGGGAGGGUGUUGGCAGCCUGCUGCUGGCUCGAGCGGCAUCCCAGCCUGUCCCGGCUGCCGCGGCGGUGGCGGUGGCGGUGGCGGCUCUCGGCGGUCAGCACCCCCACCCGACUCCCGGUCGCCUGCUCAGACAGCUGUCCGCGCAGCCCGCGGGCUUGAGGCGGCCUCCCCCGGCGCCGCUGCCUUCAAGUCUGCAGCCGCAGCCGCGGCGACAGGUGCAGCUGUUCGACCACCGCCACCGCCACCACCACCACCACCACCAGCACCAACACCAACAGCAACAACAGCAUCAGCCGCAGCAGCUGCCACCGCCUUGUCCUCUCGGCGCGCCGCAGGCCCAGCGCCGGGCUGACACGCAGCCCCCGCCGCUGCUGCGGCGGCAGCAGUCCCACCCCCAAAGCAGUUUGUCCCGGGCUGAACACUCGCAUCAGAACCAGCCCCACAACCCGAACCAGAUUCAGCCCCAGAACCAGAACCAGACCCUGCAGUCGGCGCCCCGGACAGAGCGGCUCAACUCACAACCGUUCUCACCGCUGCCGUCACCCCAACUGCAACCCCAGCCGCCACCCCAGCUGCGGGCCCGGCAGGAGGCAUUGUGCCGCGCCGCCAGCGGGCCGGCUGUGGUCCGACUGCCCCCCGCGAGUGGCCGACAGCUUCUGAAGCCCUCGGCUUUCCUACCAGCCGCAGCGGGCGCAGCCACCGCGGGCGCAGCCGUCGCGGGCGCACCGGUGGCAGGCCGUCGAGAGGUGUCGCAGCGCCCGCUGCCGCAGGCACCUGCGCAGCCUGCGGGCUCGAGGCGUCUGGAGCAGCUGCAGGCAGAUGCCCGAAGGGACCCGGCUCCCUUGGCAGACGCGGGCGCUGGCCGCCGCUCCUCAUCACAGCAAUUGGGCAGGGCGGCUGUGGCCGCAGAUGCAGACCAGCGGGCCGCGUUGGCCGCAGCAGCUGAGGGGCAGGCGACGGCGCGGGCGGCAACAGCACCGGCGCCAUGGGCCGCAGUGAAGCCGGAGCCUGCUGAGGCGGCGCCCACAGGCUGCCAGCCUGGAGGCGUGAGGGCACGGGCGCCGCCACCCGCCGCAUGUGCGUCUUCGGAACCCGCGCAGCCGCCCGCAGUGGCGGCAGCAGGGGCUGCAGGGGCACGGCCGGCAGGACUGAGCGCACAGCAGACGGCUGCGGCGGCGUCACCUUCGGGCGGGGGCAGAGCCGACGGCGUCGCCCCUGUGGCGGCAGCGGACACCGGCGGCAGCGUCAGCGGCGGCGGCUCGGACAGGCGCUUCUGGCGGCUGGGUGCGCAUGCGCCCGGGUCCACGGGCGUGGGCAUGGGCGUGGGGUCGGGGCUUGGCGUGGGUGCGGUUGCGGUUGCGAGCUCCAAGCGUGUGAAGCUUGAGGUGGCAGCGCCAGCGAAUCCGCCGCCGCCUCUGUCAUCUGUGAAGUCGGAACCAACCUUACUGGCAGGGCUGAGCUCGGGGCUCGGCCCUGCUCGCAGCGCGCCGGUUGGCUCCGCGCAGCAGGUGGGCGCGCCUGGUGGCGGCGGUGUCAGCAGCGGCCCGCUGCCACCCAGCCGCCUGGGCCCGGCCGGACCCCGCACCAGCAACGGCCAGUGCCAGCAACGGCAAGACUUGAGGCAGAAGCAGCAACAGCAGACGCAGCAGGCCCAGGAGCCGCCCACACUUGCUGGCAGCGCCGGCCCUGCCGGCGGCAGAAGCAGCAAUUUCACUGCAGGGAGCCAGGGCGGCUCAGGCGGAUUCAAGAGCUGCUUCGCAACGGCAGCCACCGCCGCCGCCGUAAUAGAUGAUCUUGAAGACCCGUGCAAAAGCAAGGGCCAUGCCACAGCUUCGCAUCUGGGCAUGGGCAUGGGCAUAUACACGGGGGGCGGCCCAUGGUUGAAGGCGGAGGCGGAGGAGGCGGGUGCGGUUGCGCUUGCGGGUGGGGGUGACGUGGGGGCGGCAGCGCCCGCAAAGGACCUCUUACCACGGGCUACGAGCGAUGCUGCUCUGGGCGCACAGGAGACAGCCAUCUCUUGGCGUGCGCUGUCCGCCCAGGUACCGGCGGCGGUGCCCCCACUGCCACGGACUGCUGCUGUCACCGACCAGAAGCCGGUUCCGCCGUCUGCUGCCCACUUCCCGCCCAGCGGCGGUGGGAGCGCGGCGGCCGGUGCCGGCACAGCAGCUGCCCACUUGUGUGCGCCGCCGCUUGCUCCUCCGCCAGCCGCCUCCGCCUGUGCCGCCGCCGCCACCAUCACCGCCACUGCGACCGCCGUCCCAGCCACCGCCAUCGCUGCACCCAACCUCGCCGCAAUCACCACAGCCACCGCGGAUGCCAGAAACAGCAGGUGCGAAUACACCUACCCCACCAGCUUCCUGCAGCUCCCCUCACCAGCCACCACCGCCACCACCUCCCUCACCACUCGCCACACCGCCAGCGCGCCCGAGCACCAGCAGCUGCCGCUUCCCCCGCUGCAGCCCAGCGAGCUGCGGCUGUGCGGCCUCACCUUCCACCCGGCCCUGGCGCCGGCCGUGACCGCCGCCAUGGCGCACUGGCAGGCGGUGGCGCUGGGCGGCUGCCCGCUGUCCGCCGCCGACCCUACCACCCGGCAGCUGCGCAUUGUGGGCCUGCCCUCGCCGCCGCCCGCCUGCUUCGGCCCGCACCGGCUCAAGCGCAACAUCCUGCUCAGCAAGCUGGCGCACCUGCUGGGGCUGGCGGGGGAGGCGGGCCGCAGCGACGCGCCUCUGCCGGCCGGGCGCCUGGAGCUGCUGCACGUGCGCCCGCGCGGCAGCAGCUGCUCCAGGCGGCCCGCGUCUGAGGCUGUAGGCCCGGGGUUGGGCCCAGGCUUGGGCCAGGGCCUGGGGCUGGAGGCUGCGGCCGCCAUCAAGCACAGCGCUGUGUUGGGUGUGCUGGGCGGCUACGUGCUGCCGACGGACGAGGCGGCCAGCAUGGCGCUCAACGGCUUCCGCCAGCUGCCGCCCGCCUCGCAGGCGGCGGUCAGAGAGGCGGCCAGGGAGGCGGCAGGAGCAGAAGGAGGACAAGAAAGAGAAGGAGCUGGAGGAGGGAGAGGAGAAGGAGGAGGGGGAGGCGGUGGGUGCUGCCUGGACCCGGCGGAUGCGUGGAAGCUGCUGGUGGCUGCCCACACCGUGCCACUCGCCGCCGACACCGAGACGGCACCGCCGCCGGGAGCAGUAGCCACAGCAGCAGCACCGGCAGUAGCACCUGCACCAGGAGACACGGCAGUAACAGCAGGCGGCAGCAGUGGCAGCAGUUGGGCGCUGUGCACGCUGGGCGGCUACGGCAACUUGGGCGCGCUGAUCGCCGACCCGCGCCGCCAGCCCCGGGCCUGGGUGGAGGGCAACGACGUGGAGGACGUGGGCGGCGCCGCGGCGGGCCGUGCCAACGUGACGGUUGUGCCGGUGUGUGUGCGCGGCCUGGUGUUGCCGGUGCUGGUGGCCCUGCGGGACGUGGCGCCGGGCGAGCCGCUGCUGCGCGACCGCGGCGCGGCCUGGUGGCAGGCGCUGGGGCCGGCGUGGGAGGUGCUGGAGGAGGGCGACGGGCUGUGUGUGCCGACACUACUGGCAGCUUGCGGGCCGGCGGGCCAGCGGCAGGGGCCUGAGCAGGAGCCGGAGAGGGAGCAGGGUCAGGAGCAGGGAGUGGCAAGGCAGGAGCAAGGGCAGGAGCAGGAGCAGGGGCAGGCGCAGGAGGGGGCUCACUUUGAGGGGCCGCCGGAGCGGCUUCAUCUGCUGGACCCACCGCCGCCACCCUCUGUGGACACAUUACAGCCGCAGCCGCCACUGCAGGAGCAGCCACAGGAGCAGCCGCACGUGCAGCCGCAACCGCAGGAGCAGCCACAGGUGCAUCCGCAGGAGCAGGAACCGCGCAUGCUGCUGCCGGAGCUGGUCCCGCUGCCUGCGGUGCCAGUGGGCCAGCUGCCCAGCCGCCGCCUCCUCCGGAGCGGCCAGCAGCAGUCCGCAGGCUACCAUGAUGCCCACGGGGGCGACUGGAGGGACCGGGGCGCCGCGGCGGCGGCGGCCGCUGCUGCUGCUCCGCCGCCGCAGCAAGGCAGCUGCGCGGUGGCAGCCACAGCGGAGUUGGCAGCCGCAGGCAGCUAUGAGCAGCUGCCGCCGCCGCCGCCGCCGCCAGGUCCGCCGCCAGCUUCGCCGCCCCGAUGCCGCUCGCCGGUAGGGCCCAGCCGGGAGGCAGCGGGCCGCGCGGCGCGGCUGUCCUCGUCCUCAUCGAGGUCGGCAGCAGUGGCAACAGGGAGGGGGUCGUCAGAGAGGUCAGCAGGUGCAGAAGGGGGGCGCAAGCGCGGCGCGGAGGAGGUCAGGUCGCCUGGUGGGAACGGCGACCGCCGGCGCCGGCGGAGCAAGGAGCGAAAGCGCGGCCGCGGGGGUGAGGGUGGUGAGGUCGGUGACAGCGGCGAUAUGGACCAGGAGGAGAGGAGGGGCAGCAGGCGCCGCGAGGCGUCCCGCACCAGUGGCAGCAGCCGCAGGGAGGGUGGCGGGGACGUAUGCGAUCCCGGCAGCAGAGCCCGGCACGCAACCGGCGACAGCGCCCGCCGCGACGGCAGCACCACCGCGGUGGCUGCGGAGCCGCUUCUCCAGCAGCCGCACCAGCAGCUGCCGCAGCAGCAGCAGCAGCAGCAGCCCGGUGCGGCGGCCUGUGCUGGCCUGGGCCUCGGCCGCGAGAACUCGACCAGCAGUGGCGGCGCCGCAGCCCCCGCCCGCAGCAGCCCUCCGGUGGCGCCGACCUACAUGCUGACGGCUGCAGACGCCGCCCCGGCAGACGUGUGGAUGCCGCUGCCGCACGCCGCCUCCGGAGACGGCGGCCCACAGCACCAGCAGCACCAGCAGGUGCUGCUGAGCAUGGUGGAAGCGCUUUGCGCCACGGGGACCUUCAACCCGCAGCAGCAGCAACAGCACUCACAUCCGCAGUUGCCUCAGCCGGCGCUGCCGCCGCCGCCGCCUCAGCCGCCGUUACCGCCGCCGCCGCCGCCGCUGCCGCCGCCGCUGCCGCCGCCGCCGCCGCCUCAGCCGCCGCUGCUGCCGGGCCUUCGCGAGCUGUGCGGCCCGCCCCCGCCGGGUCUGGGGCUGCUGGGGGCGAUGCUGCACGAGCGCCUGGACCGACUGGGCAUGGCGGCGGUGCUGGCGGCCAGGGAGCUGGUGCAGCGCGGCGUGCUGCGCCGGCGGGACGUGCAUGAGGCAGCGGCGGCGGCAGUGGCGGCACCCGGCUGCCGCGGUGGCGGUGGCGGCCUGGCGCUGAGGCCGCGCUGCUGCCCCGUGCCCGGGCUGCUGCUGUGGGUGACCGGGGGGCAGCAGCCCGCCGGUGGAGGGGGCGGCGGCGGGUGGCGGGGCGGGGACCGGCUGCCCUGGCGUGCGCUGCAGGUGCGCUGCAGCCACCAGGACCUGCUGCGCAAUGUGGCCCGGGCGGACCGGGUGACCCGCGUCCUGCUGCUGGACUGGUUCAGGGACCUGGCGGGCCCGGCGCCCACGGUGCGCAUGGAGCUGCACACGGAGGCGGGGGCGGAGGCGGAGACGGGGCGCGAGGAGCGUGAGGCGCCGUUGUUGGCGCCGGCCCCUGAGCGGCGGGGGAGGCCAGGAGGCAGAGGGGGAGGGGGAGGGGGAGGCGGCGGCGCGGUGCACGGCCGCCACGGUGGUAGCGGUGUGGUGGAACUGCCGCUGACGCUAGAGCUCUGGCGCAUGUACGAACGCGAAGUAAUGCGCAUGUAGACAUGUGUGUAGAUAGAGACGGUGCUAGAGAGUAUGGGAAGCGAACUACAGCGCUGAGUUAGUCAUGCGAUGCUAGAUUGGGUGGUUAGGGUAGUCAAGCUUUUGACGUGGUGUUUGCCCAAUCCUGUGCGCUGCUGGGUUUGGUUGAUGUGGCCUGCUGCUGGUUGCUGGGCAUGAUGCAGUGGACGGAUCAGGUGCGGUUGAUUGCACCUGCGGGAAUCACUUUUACAGUUGGUGCUGAUCGGUCCUGCCAGGCUGCCGGGCCUGCCAGGCUGCCGGUCCGCCGUCACCUGGCUGGGGGAGAAAACUUCGCCGCGACUCGGCACAGCUGAAUAAGUUUUGCGGUUUUGCCCAUUCAAUCACUUAACCGAUCCUCAUGACGACUGAAGCGUAAGCUCAUCCUGCUGGUUGGUAGCUCCUUGGGGCAGGGCAGGGACACUGCAGUCCGCGCGGCGCUACUGCUGCCAUUGUUGUCACUGUACGGCGGACAUGCAUGGGUGCAGGCGUUGCUUUGUUUAGUCGCGGUGUGUGGCAGUGUUGCCUGCUGGUUUCGCAGGCACGGUGCAGACGUGUAUGUUGAACCUUCCUGGCUAUACUCGCUGCACGCUGCGUCUGACGGCGGAGGUCAUUGACCUGUGCGACAGUGACUGAGUGCGUGGCAGGUAGCGUGGCUUUGGUAGCGAGCGAAGCGGUGUACGCCUGUUGGUGGUGAAGCCGCUAGGGCCGUCGUGAGUCUUGUCGCUCGCUUAUUAUUUGCUACGCAAGGUGUGCUAGCUACGUGCUUUGGUGCGCUCGAUCGUUGCUUGCUAGUCUUGCUGGUCAACGCGAGGGGCGGGAGCCGUACAAGAUGGGGUAACCCGCCCAACCCAUAUGACUUCGCACAAUUUGACGAUAUUAAAGCGCGUGUAUGUUCAACAUGGCUAUCAUGUCCGAGUUGGUUGUGCUGAAGCUCAUCGACGCAGGUGCCGCUCUUGGAUCAAGCGCCAUUUUCGCGGGCGGCCUCGUAUAUGGGGCAAUAAGGCUAGGGAGAGGCAUUGAAGGCAUUGGGAGAAGCAUUGGCGACAGCUUGAAGGGCGUCAAGUCCACGCCGGAGCCGGAGCGCGACCGCUCCGGCGGUGACCACCUCGAGGCGGGGCUGGAAAGGCUUGGAGACAAGCUUGCAAGCCGGCCGAUUUUCGUGAAGGCCACCAUCACGGUCGCGAAGGUGAAGAAGUGAGUAGCCAAGCUUCGGGGUGGGUGCAGCUUGCCAGCAGAUUAAUUACAUACAGUAUUUGCCCUUGCUAUUAACAGGUGAAGGCAACAGACGCUGGCCUCCCUCACCCAUGUUCCAGCAAGGCAACGUAUCGCGCGGCCUUUCGUUUGUCGCGAGUUCGCAGCAAUGCUUCCUGGAUGUCAGAGCAGUGGAUAUUAUUCUUGCUCUUAUUGCCAUUCAACCUACUUGAUGCAACGAAUUCUCGCGGGGUCGAGGCAGGGGAGGGAGCAGAGGUAGGCUGAUUCACGCAGCCUGACGACGCAGCGGCUGUGGGAGGGCCGGCCAAGCAAGCAGGACGGACGUGGCUGCAUCCAUCUUACCGCACGGCCUGCUGGUGGUGGUGGAACUACCGCUGAUGUGGAGAGGCCAACCGCCUGUACGUAGCUAGCUAGCUGGGUUAUGGCGUGUGCGCUGCCGGAUUGACACAUACUGAGGUGGCCAGCAGGCAAGGGUGAGCCCACCAGGUAAUACUUUGACAUUGAGGACCCUGCGAAUGCAUGAUUACGAUGGAGGGGCAUGUCCGGCGUCUCGACUUGUCGGGAAUCGUACCAGACCUGACCGCGGAUGUGUAAGUGCCGCCGUACGAGGGUGUUCUCAUACAUGUCCUGCAGCGCUGGCUGUCGCCUUUGCGAAUAAGUCUUUGUCCACCGCCGCUGCGCCGCCGCCGCCUUCCCUUCCCGCUGCGCAUGCACUAGACCAAAGAUGACAAGGCUCCCUGCGAAAGGCCUUGCCGCCCGGGCGUGUCGAGAGAGUCUGUGCGCGGGUGUGCGUGUAGACGGGAUGGAGUCGAUGGAUGUUAGGCCGCCAGCCAGCCGCCAGGUCGGUACAGAGAGUAGUGGGAGAGCGAACAAAGGAAAGGCGGGCCAAAGAUUUCGCUUUGCUUGUGUGGUCGAUGAUGGAAUCUUGAACAUGCCCAACUGGUUACACUUUAAAGUAUUAUUUCUGCAGGAAGGUCUGGACAUAGAGGCCAGUAGUAGAGGCCAGUAGUUGAGUACAUAUCUAGGAUGGGCUUAU